GCACUGUGUUUUGCAAUUCUCAAGUACAAAUUACAGUCGAUUCGUGUCAAGCGGCAGUGCCACAUCCAACUUUUUAAAAUAUUUAUAAUAUAAAAUUAUUUCCCUUUUACGAUUCCAUAAAAAAUAAAGUGCAAUUAUAUUGAAUUUAUAAUUUCUUUUUUGUGAUAUUUAUAUUAAUUGAAAUUUAUAUUAAUUUUAAUAAAUUUACGCUUUUUUUAAAAAAAAUUAAUAUGUCCUACAAGUUGUAUUAUUUCAAUAUAACCGGCUUGGGUGAACCGGUUAGAUUUAUACUUAGUUAUGGUGGAGUUAAAUUUGAAGAUAUUCGUCUAACUUUUGACGAUUGGCCAAAGAUGAAAUCUGAAAUGCCCAUGGGCCAAAUGCCAGUUUUGGAGAUUGAUGGCAAAAAAUACAAUCAAUCCAAAUCCAUUUGUCGUUAUUUGGCAAAAAAGUUCAACCUCUAUGGAGCCAAUGACCUCGAAGCCUUAGAGAUUGAUGCAGCAGCUGAUGACAUUGAUGACAUGAGAAUUCCGUUAUCUCACUAUUAUUGGGAGAAAGAUCCAAAUUUCAAGGCUGUUAUGAAGGAAAAAGCAAUGGAAAAGUAUGAGAAGACCAUGAAAUUAUUUGAAGAAAAAGUUAAGAAAAAUGGAGGAUUCUUUGUUGGAGGAAAGAUGUCAUGGGCUGAUCUACUCUACUGUGCAUUCUGCGAUUAUUUGAGUAUGGUUCUUGGUCACGACAUAAAUAAGAAUUACCCAGCAAUGCAAAAACUGAGGCAAACAGUUGUAAAUCAUCCUUCCAUCAAGGCUUAUAUUGAGAAACGUCCAAAAACUGACUUUUAAUGAGUGUAACAUUUUUUCAGCGUACUUAUAUGCACACCUAUAUUUACACACAUUUAAUAUGUAUUCCUUAUACAAAAGUCAAAUUUUUAUAUAAUAUAUAUAAUAUACAUAUAAGACUUUAGAAGAUGAGUAUUAUUGCACAAAAAGUAAUUUAAAAGAUUUAUAAAACGAAUUUUUAUUUAUCAGUAUAUUAUAUGUGUUUUUUUUAACUAUUGGAAAAGUUUUUCUAAAUAUUACAAAUCUUUAUAAAUUUGAAAACUGUUAGUUAUUGAAGUAUUCUGAAAAUAUAUUUUUGAGUUUUCAAAAAUGUCAAAGGUUUAUAUAUUGUAAAAAUAUUGUUAAGUGAGAUAAUUUGUAUAGAAAAAAAUUAAAUUUUUGUUAUACUUUUGUUAUUUUAAUAUAAACAAAUAUUUUCAAUAAAUAAAACUUUGUUUGCAUGAGAAA